AUGGAGGCGCUCCACGAGGAGCUGCCCUUCGACCUCGACUUCCACCCGUCCUCACCCCUCGUCGUCACCUCCCUCAUCACCGGCGAGCUCUGCCUGUUCGGCUACGGCCCGGAGUCGCAGCCUGAGAGGUUAUUUUCGGUGAAAGCUCACAAGGAGUCAUGCAGAGCUGUUCGUUUUGUGGACUCAGGAAAAGUGAUUUUGUCGGGGUCAGCUGAUUGCUCAGUCCUUGCCUCAGAUGUAGAAUCAGGCAAGGCCAUUGCCCGCUUGGAGGAUGCACAUGAGAACGCCAUAAACCGCCUUGUCUGUCUUACUGAGUCUACGAUUGCCACAGGUGACGAUGAAGGCUGCAUUAAGGUAUGGGAUACCCGGGAACGAUCUUGCUGCAACAGUUUUGAAGUCCAUGAUGAUUACAUUUCAGAUAUGACCUAUGUGGCUGACUCAAAUCAGAUACUGGCCACAAGUGGGGAUGGAACUUUGUCUGUGAACAACCUGCGGAGGAAUAAAGUAAGGUCACGAUCUGAAUUUUCAGAAGAUGAGUUGCUAUCCUUGGUGGUAAUGAAGAAUGGUAAAAAGGUUGUUUGUGGAACUCCAAGUGGAGCACUCUUAUUAUAUUCAUGGGGAUACUUUAAGGAUUGCAGUGACCGCUUUCUCGGACACACGCAGUCAGUGGAUACAAUGCUGAAGCUGGAUGAAGAAACUUUGGUUUCUGGUUCAUCAGAUGGUGUGAUCAGAUUAGUGGGCAUCUUACCUAAUAGGAUAAUACAGCCACUUGCUGAACAUUCAGAAUAUCCCAUUGAGGCCCUUGCUUUCUCAAACGAUAAGAAAUAUCUCGGCAGCAUCUCACAUGAUAAAAUGCUGAAGCUCUGGGACUUGGAAGAACUCUUGAAUGGUCCACAGGUAGUCAAUGGAGACGAACCUGCCGAAGCUGGUAGCGAUGAUAGUGAUGACGAUAGCGAUGAUGAUGCGAUGGAUGUAGACAUGGCCGCAACUUCUUCUAAAGGGUCAAGGAGUAAAAAAGCGGGUAAAGGACAGAGUUCAAGUAGGCCGGCAUCGGAUUUCUUUGCAGAUCUAUAG